UGGGAGGAAGCCAGUGUUACAAUUCGCGGGGGCCCCCGUCGUAUGCGCCAGUGAAAUCUUAGACGCACGCCUGCUAAUCGCACGUACGCACGGCACGGUCGUCGGGCCAGGUACGUCCACGUCGACGGACGUACGUACAUCGCCGCAGCCCCUGCUCGUCGCCGCUCCUUGCCGUUCACUCGCCUUCUCUCACUCCCACUGUCUGUACUGGCAGCACGGCAGCACAGGGGUGGCCGGCCGGGGGCGGCCGUACUUUAAUCGCGGGAUAUAACGGAGGGUGUUGUGCGCUCCUCGCUCUCGUCUACCUCGCGUACGUGCGUGCGAGCGAGCAGGACGGAGCGAGGCGCGGCGCCGCGGGUGCGACAAGAACGACGGGCAGCAUCUCGGUGAGGAGCAGCCGCGUGAAAAAGAGACGACACCACGUCUGUCAGCCGUCAGUGAUACAAGUCAGCCAGCCAGCCAGCCAGCUAGCCAGUAGCUCCAGUCCGCCACUAUCCGGCCAGUGAGUUCAAUCAGCCAGACGAUCUGCCAAGCAAAGUGUCGCGCCCCAUAGGAAGAAGAGAGAAGAGAGGAGAGAGAGAGAGAGAGAGAGAGAGAGAGAGAGAGAGAGAGAGAGAGAGAGAGAGAGAGAGAGAGAGAAAAGGAGGAGAGGGGUACGAGAAGGCGAGGGAGAGAAAAAGAGACACCUUGCGAGGGUGUACGCGCGAACAAGCUGGGCGGACAGCAGCGCGAGCCAGAGAGCAGCAUCCCACGAUAUAUAAUGCGACGUGCAGCGUUCUUCCCCUUCGCCUUGGUGGUCGUUCCUUCGGAAUAAAGCUGCGCGAUUGCUGCUGGGACGGUUCCUUACCUGCAGGGCUAUGACGUAAUGGCAAGAGAGGAGUUACGGACCAAGAGACCUUUUAAGAUAUGGGACAGCUGGCGUAACGUAAGAAAAGGACUGGUCGUUAGCAAUUUCGAAGAGUUGAUUGUGCGAGGUAAGGAAAAGCUGGGCGUGCCACCAAAUGAAAAUGUUUCACUAGUUUUGGAAUCGGACGGCACACAAGUCGAGGACGGCGAGUACUUCAAGACACUAGGAAACAACACGAUCCUGCUCUUGUUGCGGCAUGGUGAACGCUGGUGUCCUACUGGCGUCGACAUCAUACGCGCUGCAAUUUCGGCGAUCCCGAAAAUAGUCUGCGAGACGAUUCACGCGCUGGAGUUGCACGAUGAGACGCCAUCGUGGAAAAUCAUGGACAAUAAAGGCCGAGUCACAGUGGUACUUCACUGGGACCAGCGCUCGUCGUCGUCGUCGCAGGUACAACAGCAACAGUCGAAGGCAGGCCAGGACGCUCAAACCUCCAAAUAUUCGCCGACUAAGAAAGCCGACUUGAGUGGCGCCCAGCGACCGUCUCUGGUGAUCCAAACCAGCUUGGACAAGCUCGGCUAUGAUGGCAAGACGACGCACUUGCCUGGCGAGAUUGCCCCAACGCGGUAUACCAGCCCGCGAAUUACUGUGAUAAAUCAUGAUGAUAUGCAGCAGCCGAUGCCAUCGCACAUGCCGGGCCGUCUGGUGAAGCAAGGCACGAAUUCGUUCGACAGUACGACGAUCCACAUUCAUACACCCGAGUGCUCCAAUCACAUUCAUCAACCAGUCGCGCGGAACGGUAGUCCGGUGAAUGGCGCCGACGGUGGUGCCGUCGGUGAAUGUGACUUCCAUUGCUGCGCUCUACACGAGGAGGGUCGCAGGAUCGCUGUGCAUAAAUCUGUGGCAACGUCACCAAUUCAAGACGCGCAGCAUGCGUAUCAUCCGCAUCAUCCGCAUCCACAGCAACAACAACAAACGCAGACGCAGACACCAUCGCCACAGCCGCCAUCCUCUCUAUCAGACGGCACCAAACGACCUGGUCUUAGCAAAGGUCAUGUUCGCUUUCGUGAUACUGCCGACGAGGAGUCAAGCUCACGUCUGGCAGGUGCCGUUGGCUUCCACUUACAUCACAAUCAUCAUCAUCAUCAGGAGCAUGAUAGCUCCGAAUCUGAAACGGAAAACACAAUAAUGGAGGAUGAAAUCGUGACUUCGGAGAAAUUUUUGUUGCUGAUUGAUCAGCUAACGGUCGAUCAAAAGCAUCAUCUUAGCAUCAAGGACAUUGGCAUCAUAUUAGAGCGACUUAGCUCCAAAAUCCUCGACGUCGAGCGGCUGGAUCGCGAGAGCGAGAGCGAGGAGUGCUAUAAUUGGACGAUCAAGGCGAUCAUACGGGGUGAUGUCUUGCGGGAGCUCGGAGUGAUCUACAACGGGAAUUAUUAUGCGAUCUCAGAGCAUCCCGGUUACAAGGAGGAGUCCGAAGAGAAUAACGAGGAUAACGAAGAGGAAGAAGAGGAUAGACUUUAAUAUGAUGCUGUUUCACUAGAUAGAUAGAUAGAUUAUAUAUACCUAUUUCAGGUUAUUAUUAAAUUAGGACACGUUGUUUAAUGGAAAUAAGAACGGAAAUAUCACGCGGUAUCUCCAUGAAAUCCGAGGAUUUUAUGAAAAUUGAUUAAACUAGAACUUUCUGUGAUUUUUUCUGUGAGUCAUAACAUUUCCUAGAAUCUUCCUAGGAUUUUUAUGAUCCUUCAAGGAUUCCCAGUGAGCUUGGGUUUUCUUAAUAUUUUCUAGAAAUUUUCUAAGAUUAAAAGAUGCAGUGGUAUUAUCUCGUGCCAAAUAUAUGAAAGUUUUAUAGAAUUAACUGCUUAAGAUAUGAUGACCUUAGGAUUUUUUAGAUUGCAUCCUCUAGGAUACUCCUAGAAUUUUUUAAGAUUUCGAAAUUCUCUCUUUAGGAUUCUAUAAGAUUUUUUAGGAGAUUUCCGAUGUUAUAGUCCUGUAAAAUCUUAAGAUUCUCUGUAAGAUCCUAUGUGCACUUAGAAUUUUUAACACUAAUCUUACAAGUUUCUAGGAGUCUCUAAAAAUUUUCCAAUUCCAGAGAUUCAAAAUAUCUUUAAUUUUGAUUUUAAAUAUUUUUUUGAAAUAUGUUUGACUCUAAAAUUCUUUAACAAAAUUUUUUUAUUUCUUAAAUUUUUAUCAAAAAAUUUUUAUUGCUGUAGAUUUGUAUACGUUUUUUUAAUUAUAGAGAAUGAUUUUCUUGGAUUGUAAUUUAUUCGAUAAUGGAUCCUGGAUUCCAGAUUAAAUUAUGGCACCUUAGAUUUUAAAUGUCGUAAGAUAUAUCUUAGACUAAACGCUAUAAUUCUAGGUGCCUUAGAUUCCAGGUAUCUUAAAUUAAACAGAUUCAAACAUCUUAGAUUCUAAAUACAAACAGAUUGUAACUUCAAAGUUCCUUAAAUCCUAAGAUCUAAGUUCUUUAAGAGCCUGAGUCGUAUAAAUUCUAUCAUUUUCUCUUGUAUCCUGACAUAUUUCUGAUACUUUUGGAUCACACGUUAAACUAUUCUUAGAACUGUAAUCUCGAAAGAAUUUGUGAAAAAGAUCUUAAGAGAUUACCGAGAGAACAAAGAAAAGAGAAAACUUUAUUUUAAUAUUGUUUUAUUAUAGCAAGAUAAAUAGAUACAUAAAAUAUAAUUAAGAAAUCUAGUGCCAUUAUUGUUUAGUUUGACUUUUGUACAAUUUUGUGGAUAUUUAAAAUCUUUGAAUUGAGGAAAUUAAAAUAAAUGUGUCCAAUUUUUUAUGAAACAUUUGUGCCAAAUUUUAUUUAUUUAUUGUAAUGACUUUGCAUAUUGGCCUUAUAAGUAAUCCAACUUUUUCGAAAUUCAUGAAAUCCUCGGAUUGAAGAUGAGAUUCACGGAAAAGCGAAAAAUGGACGCGUGCGAAUUAUCCGCGUCGCGAGAAAAAAUCUAAUUUGAAAGACGACAGAGGGUAGAUUGACGGAAAAGCGUAUACAUUUCUUCCGAAUGUUUCUUAAUAAGAAAAAAAGAAAACAAAGUAAAGGAAGAAAGGGAUCGCAACGUAAUGAAAUCAUGUGUAAUAUGAUAUAAUAUACAACUUUAUUAAAAACCUAGUUCUAAAGACGGUUGUUGAAAUAUGUACUUAUUAAAACUAGCAUGUAUACUUAUAGGAAACAUUUUUGGGAUUACGGACGUCGAUUCCGUAACCGUCCACAACACUGCCCUCUCUAAAGAGAAGAAACAAAUUAAGAAAGAGAAAGAGCGAGAGAGA